AUGGCGUCUGAAUCCUCCAACUCCUCUAAUGGUAAACUUGCCAUAGUUGAUGCGUCUAAGAAUGGUGAUGCUAUUUCUUUUGCACACCACCUCACAGUGAAACUCAAUGAGAAGAAUUAUCUUGUUUGGCAGCAGCAAGUCGAAUCUGCAAUUCGCGGCCAUAAUCUUCAGACUUUUAUUGAGUCAUCUCGUUCUCCUCAGCAAUUUGCAUCCGAUGCCGAUCUUCUAUCCAGAGUUGUUUCAUCAGCUUAUCUGCAGUGGUAUCGCCAGGAUCAACUCUUGUUCUCAUGGCUUCAAUCCACUAUCUCCGACAGCAUCAUGGCUUCAAUACACAUCAGAGAUCAAAUUGCCGAUAUCUUUACUAAGCCAUUAUCUAGUGCAAGAUUUCAUACACUGAAGACUAAACUCAAAGUGUUUGAUGUCAACCCACCUUGAGUUUACGGGAGGCUGUUAGAGAAUAUAAUUAUGUCAUCUGAUUAGUGUCAUGUGUGCUGUCAUUAUAAGCGGUUAUACGGUUAUUAGCUAGACAUGUGUAUAUACUUUAUC